AUGUCUGCGCUCCUCGUCGGCUUCGGCUUCGCUCUCACGCCGCCGCCGCCCAUCGCUCGCCCGUGCGGCGUCGCCCUCACGCCUCGCUGCGGCAGCCCUCACGCCUCGGGCCUGCUGCGGCGGCUCCGCUCUCCCGAGGUGAGCCUCGUCGCUGGCGGCUCGCUGCUCCUCGCGCUGGUGGUGAACCGGCUGGCGACCGAAGAGCUGCUCAAUUCCCAGUCGCGCGCCGACCUGAUCGCGACGGUGGGGCCGGUGCUGUUGAUGCUCGACGGGCUGUCCAACCUCGCAAUCACGCCCGCGGAGCCUGAGCCCGUCUCGCUCGCCGGCGGCGUCGCCGUCGACUGGCUCGACCCGGUGGUGAGCGGCGACGCGAGGCGCGAGCUGGCGUGGGCGACCGACGCGCUGGGGGCGGGGCUCGGCGCCUCAUCGGUGGCCAUCUGGCGCGCGGGCGGUGGCACCCUCGCGGCCUGCGGACUGCUCACGCCUCGCGCCGCUGCGUCGCCCGCGGCCGCCGUCGUGCCAGGCCCGCUGCUGCAAAAGUGCGCGGGGAGUGCGACGGGGGCGCCAGAGUACCUCCCUGCCCUGCAGCUGCUGCCCGGCCGCGUCGAGUUCUCCUACUUCCCCGAGGCCACCCAGGCGCUGCUGAUGGUGCCGCUCGGCGGCAGGAGCGGCGUUGUCGUCCUCGGAGCCGACCGAAAGCGCGCCUUUGGCGCGGAGGACGUCGCCUGGGCCCGCGCCAUUGCUGGCAGGCUGGGGGCGGCGCUCGAGGGCGGAGACGCUGCUGAGUGA